AUGCCUGGCAAUCUCGAGGAAACGUGCGAUCCAAUUGCACCAGAAGCAACGACAACAGCAACACGUGUACAACUCAGCCAAAUAAUUGCAGCUCUGCCGGCCAGCGUACAAGAAAAUGUGCACUUAUCCAUCACGGGAUUAUCACAUCGAAUGCCUUAUAGUCGUCUUCCUCAUGAGCGCAAGGCAAAAAGCAGACUAUUAGCCAAUGCAUCAAGCCUCACGCUUCACGAUGUUCCCAUCUGGACAUCUAGGUCAGGGGCUACCCUCAUAAGUAUCGAAUCUUGUGCUGUUACACAACCAAUGUCCUUACUUCAGCUUCCCUUUUCCGUUCACAUGAGAGUGGAGAUCCCAUCCCAGGGUUGUCAUGGAGGUGAUGCUAAAGGAUGCACUGAUUUUCUUGUUGACAUGUGUCAUCCAAUGCAUGCACUGACCGACGCAGAUGUGCCCGUCUGUAUUGUAUCUGUAACUGUCAAAGACAAUAUAUGUCAUGUUGUCCUUGUAACAUCUGCCGGGUCCCUUCUUCUGUGCAUGAUAUCUAUGAGUUCACGCAUCUUAUCCUCCAAGGUUGUCCUUGGAUAUAACGUAACAAUGUGUUCUAUGCUCCAAAAUACCCUCUACUUUCUCUCUAAUGGUCGUCUAUACUCCACAGAACUUAAUAGUGUGCACGUUGUGCCGCCACUGCAACUGCAACCGCACUUAGUUCCGCAUGGGGCUAAGGUACUGACCCAUAUAUCAACUGACUACACAGAGGUUCAUGCCAUGUCUUCGACAGGAACGGUGUACAGUGGAACAUGCAGUGGAUUAGUGCGGGUGUGCAGUUUUGAGAGCAAUAGCAUUGUCUCGCUUGUUGCUGUAUCUGGGAAGAAAGUUGCGUACGCCAUUCUUCGUUCCAAUAUGACCGCUUAUCUCUGUACCAGCCACGGAGAUACUUUGACCACGUACAACGCCGUUCUACAAAUCCAGCAAACAGUUGAUAAACAAGGAGUUCUCUUGCUUCUUCGCGGACUGAUUAUCUUAAUCUAUGGAGAUACAGCUUAUUCGAUUGUUAUAUCAUCAACAGCUGAUUUGGACCUGUUGGAUGCUUUUUCUUCACGAAUACUAUCUAGUAAUAUUAUGGGAAACACUCUGGCAGUUGUGUAUUCCUGCGGAGAUGAGUGCUUUCGGUUGACAGCUAGGUUCCCACCGUUAUCCAAAUCACAGCUGAAACGGAUGUCGCUACAGAAUUGCAUUAGCAUGCAAUCCACAAAGGUGAAGCCAAUCGGAAUAACUGCGUUGGCUUCUUCCGGCUCCUCCUUUUUUAUGUUGACAGCCCAUAACUCGCCCUUUUGCUCCGUCUAUUUCUUAGCGCUCUGUGAGCGCUCUAAGCAGACCCACAAAGCUGGAGCUGAGCACUGCAUAUUUGGCAGCAAAUGUGUGGAGCCAAGCUUGUGCUCAUUGUGCAGAUGCAAAUACAGUUGGAAUACCGCACCUUCUAUAAAUCCUGAUCCAUCUGGCACAAAUUUAAAUUGGUACAUAGCCGCUCUUACAGAAGCAGGGAGGUGUCUGGAUUAUGAUUGUGCAAUACAGAUAAUUAAAAAGGAGAUAGAUUGCGAUAAAGUAAAGACAGAACUGAUCAAUCAAUAUGUAACUAGCCCGCUUGCUCCAUUUUUGAACUCAUUUGUGCUCGAUCUAGCUCAACUCGAAGUGUUGACCCAAACUGGAUGCUCCUUUGUGGCACUUCAUGUUGCUAUUCUCAUAGUGCAGCGCUAUGGGGCGUCUACUCCGUGGCUUACAGCACUUGUUUGUCAAGACACAAAGAUGUCAAAAAGACACCUUCGUGACCUGGCGUCAAUCUUUUCACUUCACCUUGGUUUCUUUGGAAUCCCUGUGCUGGGAAGUCCAACGCGGCGCAAUGUAGCGUCUGACUCCGCAUUAAAUUGUGAAUCGGCGGAAAAUUAA